AAUUAAGCAUUUAGACAGAAACGAUUUAAUAGUCAUACCCAAGACGAGCGGUACAUUCCGAUGCAACUGUCUGUGUUUUGUCGGAUUAGUUUUGUUUAAACAUACAGUACCUGGCGAUAAACGGAAAUCUUUGGAACGAUACAUCAACUGCAUUCACUUGUGGAUGGCAGUGACCCAUGCUGACGGUGACAAUGCCCCCGAUGAGGUCAAGGUAGCGUCGCCCCGUGUGAUCGAACAACCACUGCAUGUAGCCCUGGUGGAUCAUCAGUGGAGACCGAAACACAUUUGAUGGCCAUUAAGGUCACCACAUUUGGGACACAAUCAGAAGCUGGAAUAGAAAACAUGCACUGGCCAGAAAUCUAGUCGAAUCGAUGCAAGACUUUUGAAGGCACAAUACAACUGAGAAUCUACUCGUUCAAUAUGGUCUUAAGAAAACGUGAAAAAAAAUCAAAGUAUGAAAAAAAGCCGCUUACAAUAUUACAAUGGAAUGAAUAUUGCAACGAUUGGAUACUCAAUGUGUUAGUAUUCUUGCUCAAUUUACAACAAGUAAUACUGAAUAGUGUGCUUUUUCCUGUUCUUAGAGUUUGGGCUAUCAUAAAGAACACUGGUGGCGGUGAUGAACUCAAAUCGAAGUUUGCUGUAAAUGAGAAUAUAACAAGGGAUGAUAAAAACAACACUGUUGAAAGCAUCGUUUGGGAAAUACCUGGCAAACAGUUUCCAACAUAUUUUUACACCUAUGAGGAUAUUUUAGAACUUAUUCAUUCCAUCCGAGGGCAGUAUGACGAUCUUCACAAGUCCACUGAAAAGCUGGACAUUUUAUGUAGCCAAAUUGAAGGCAUGGCUGCCACAGUGAACGUAGUUUUUCUGUCGAAGAACACAAAGACGGAAGACUGCGUUUUGGAAACUGUUCGAAAACAUUUGAAAUCGGAAAACAAUAAACUAAAGUUGCAUUUGAAGAACUUAAAGGGAGAAUACAAAACGGACGCGUUUGUUAUUAUAACAACGUGCAACGAAGAUAUCAUACCUUAUUGUACCAAAGCAGGUUCCCAUACUCUUUUCUUAACCGACCACUCUUCCGGAGACACAUAUGGAAGGAGCCAGGUUACGCUGCAACACACAUCUGUGGCAAACCUUCUCGACAAAGUUGACGAUUUCCUGGAAAAUGAUUUCUUAGAUAUAUUCGCCAAAUUAAUUCACGACUACAUAGAUGACUGUGGAGAUGCGGAACGAACCAGAGAAACAAUUAGAAUUGCAAAUGCAAUCUACCAAAGAAGUGGAUUACCGGCGAGCGAGCGUCCUAAAUUUAAAAUCGGGAAAAUAUCACAGGUUUCGGUUCAAAUAAAAGAAAGAAUUGUAAAAAUCGAUCAGGUUAUAGGUUGUGGUGAGGAGGGGGGUGUGUUAAUUAUCGAUAUCAAGCAGAAGGACUGUAAUAAUGAUGAAACGGCGAAGAGAUUGGUCGAAGAACUGUUAAAAAUGCAUGGAAUAGUACGAUACCGCAUUUGUUCUCCUGAAAUCGAGAAACAUGCUAGAGUAGAAAUUCAGUCUGGUGAAGCUUGCAGAAUGAACAGCACAUCUGGAACACUAGGGGCGUUUAUGAUAGAAGACUCAAGGGACCUGGAACACGGAGGGAACAUUAAUUUAUCUGUAAUCUGUGCUGGUCAUGUUGUUGAAAAUGACGACAACGCGUUUAUACAGGCACAAAAUAAAAAUAUCGGGAAGGUUUCAUGCAAAUAUGACGGGACAGGUAUGGAUAUUGCGAAAGUAAGAGUCGAGGAUGACAUUUUAUCAUUUGUUGAUGUCCGUUUUCAAAACGAAGCUGAUGAAACUUUGAUAACUAAACUUUUUGAGAAUGAUCCAUCAUCGCUAGCAGGACGUUGCGUGUUUUUACGCGGUGCCUCUACACAAUUAGGGCGCGGAAAAAUAUCUUCAAGCCGGUACAUUUCAAGUGAUAAAUGCAGAAUUUUGGAAAUAGUGAAGAGGAGCGAGGACUCUAUGUAUGCGGAAAGGGGAGACAGUGGUGCCACAGUUCUGUUUUUAGAAAGAAAAGGAAAAUAUUUAUUCGCAGUUGGUAUGCACUUUCGACAAUUACUGCGAGGUCAUCAGCUUGUUUAUCAAGCUCUGUUUUUAAAGGAUGGCAUAGAUCACCUUAUGUCUCAUGGUGCAUCUCCGCCUCUUCGAUUGGCAAGUUCUUGUGAAGUGGAGCCACAUGUUCACUUUACCGAAGUCGCAGUUGUCGAAAUCACGACUAAGUAUAUUCGCGGUGUGAAAGCAUCUGUUGCUAAUAUCAAGGACGUACAAAACAUUUGCACCAAUGGAAAGGAGCUAGAACUUCUACCUUACAACUUGAAAACUGAUGAAAUCGUCGAAAAAGCGUUUGCAUUCGUUCAACCAUUAUUUGCUGAUGGACUGCAUACGAUAAUAGUUAUUGGUACAGAUGUAAUAGAUAAAGCAACAGUUGUGACAAAGUUUCAGAAUGCUGCUAAGUAUUCAGGAAUGACACAGAGUGAAGCUAUUGGGAACUCUUGCACACACAACAACACGCAAGCACACGUUCUGUUGAAUGUAGACGAUGGCAAAGUCUCCUUUUUCAAAACUCUUUCGAGUCAACAUUCAACCAAAGUGGACUCGUUUGAUGUCUACAACAUCAUCCGAAGUAAAUGUUUGAAAAAACUUGAGAAAAAAUAUGACAUUAGACAAAAUGACAAGAGAGAUGAUGAAAUAAAAAAUGUUGUAGAACAGUUUGAAAGAAAACUGCUUACAUUUAAUGGAGAUGCGGAUAUUCUUAUCUCAGUGCUUGAUUCUCGUAACGUUUGCUAUAAUGCAGAGCCAGUUGAUGUUAUGAAAGUCCCCAAAGCUGUUGUCUUUGGCAUUCUUAGAAAGGUUUGCAAGGAAAUUGAGGACACGGUCCUUGCUGCUUUUACAGCACAUAAGUUUACUGGAAAUGCUAUAUUCCAUGUGUACGGUAUGUUGACACUUUGUCCGAAACUGCACGAAAUUCUGCGGAAUACUCUCGGAGGCAAUGUUACUAAAUGCGUAUGCGUUAAGGAACUACCAAAAAGAGUUUUACAUAAGGCAGGAAAACGGUUAAAAUGCAAAUGCGCUUUUGGUCUUGAAGGAAUUCGGAAACAAUCUAAUUAUAUUCCAUGGAAGGACUUGGAUUCCAAGUAAACAAUUGAACAUCUGUGUAUUUAAAGGCGACUGUGAUCGAAAUCGUGUGUACAUCUGUGUUAGUUAAACCAUGGUUUGAUUUAUGGUUUGAAUGUUAUUUUACAUAUUCAAUAUCAUGUAUGACUUUGCAAUAAAUACUUUAAUAAUCGACAAAACGCCAGGUUCAGCGUAUCAUUUCAAGAUAUUAAGUUUUAGUUUAUAAUCGAAUGGCGUUACAUGUAGCUAUUUGGAUUGUGAUUUUAUCUAUGGAUUUUCUAGAUAUUAUUAUUUAAGGCAUAUUAUUAUUAAUGUUGAACAUGAUUAAACAGUCUUUGUUAUAUGCCAGUUGAUGAUAUAAAGUAUAACAAUCGUUAAUUUAUUUUUCGUUUUUCGUUGUAUUAUUUAUUGUGUUAAUAAAAAGCAAGCUAGUUGUUCA